GUGUUGUCUGAGUAUAAUUCUUCCCGGAGUGAGUUCGAAUUGUAUUUCAAACGCCGGGGAAAGAGCAACAUGGGUGCACGCGUUACACGGGCGUUAAGGAAUUUUAACUUGGAAAACCGGGCUCAUCGAGAAAUCGGAAAAGCGAAACAUGUUGCUGCUCCCCGCUAUCCUCAGCACAACGAUCUGACUGAACCAAACCCCGAGAUUGAGUUAAUCCAUAAAAAAGACGACCCGUUACUGUCGUUACUGAAGACUGUAUACGUGGAGUCGAAGGACCCUCCUGAGCAGGUCAAACCGUCGCAAGCGGAGAAUGUGAACGAGAAAGAACGCAGACCUUUGAAAUUCAGCCUACCUGGGGACCCCUAUGGCAUUUUGGACAUCACAGAUGUCCCUAAAGGCAAAGUGUCAAUUGUAGAGGCUCUCACAGCUCUCAACAGCCACAAACAAUCUCCAAAAACAUGGACCCCUGAGAAGAUCGCCCAGGAGUACUCAUUAGACAUAACGGACACAAAAGCACUUCUAGAAUUCUUUGUGCCAUUUAAUAUCGAAAUUAAGCCACCAAAGACGGCGGAUCCCAAACAGAUUAAAGCCUCUUAGCAUCAGCGUCUGGUCAUACAACCCACGAUGGACUGCGUCAUGAUUUUGUGUAAAUUCAUUUUUGCGUGAAUUAAUUUAUUUCUGAUGUGUACAUUUAAUCCUUUUUUCUUUUUUUUCUUUUUUUUACGAAGCUUUACAUUGCUAGGCUAAUUCAAAUGGUGAUCCUCAAGUAAAAUAUGGAACAUGUAUUUAUUGAUUUCUAUAUUUUAAAUAUUACAAUUCGGUCUUAUAGUUUCUAUUACGAUUUUGUGUCCAUGAGCUUGUCAGUUCUUCCAAUUUUUCCAUCUCAGUUCACCUAAUUUAACAGUGUUAUGUUAACUGGAUUGUGGCUAUAGGGACAACUUAAAAAAAAAAAAAAUUGUGAUUCAUAACAGAUUCAUAUUUUAACCAUGGUGGUAGUCAAGGCCUGUUGUCAUGAUCAGGGUAAAUCGCUCAUUCUACCACUAGAGGGACAUGUCUAAGUGAGUUGUCCUCAUGAAACCUUUGAUGGGAGGCAAUAGAGCCUAAGUCACCUGAAAGGAGAGCUGAGAGAUUGUUGAACAUGGGUGUUAUUUUGGGGGACAUGGUAUGCAACAUUUUGAAGAAAAUAUGCUCUGCAGUUGAUAAUUGAGUGACUUGCCUAUUUGGCCCAUAUGUGGGUAAUUUGGGACAGGCUACAUUUUUGCACAGUUGAGAGUGUGUUCUCAGAGAGAACAGAUUUUGGGUGUCCAUGACAGUGCUCUUGUAUUCUGCAAGAGCCUGAACAACCCCUGCUUUGUUUGUCAUCAAUGUCAGUAUUUAAGAUUUAACUGGGGUCCCAAAAGAACACUCUGAAAUUCAUAUAUAGCCAACCUCAUGUCCUUCCAUGUAUAUGUCAUAUUGCAUAUACAGUGGUGUUAAAAUUAAAUUAGCAAAUGAUUGAGUACCUUUAUGGGAUAUCUAAAUGACAUUUAGUGCAUGUUUUCAAGAAAAACAGCAACUGCAUUCUUUUAAAAAAGAACAUUGGUCAACUCGCAGUAAUUGAUGACAAACCGCAUUGCUGUUUACAUGCUUUACUAUAUCCCUGGCAAACUGGUCCUAAUAAAUGUAAUUCUUGUUU